GAUUAAUGCGAGCGAGCGAACGGGACGGAGACGGGAAACGGAAACAACCCAGGACUCAACGGCGACUGAAUGAGCCGUAGCUCCCAAAAAGCCAUCGAAAUAUAUUCAAAAUAAUAUUACUGCUUUGAGCUUAAAAGGCAUACAUGAACUAGUCGUGCUGCGUUUUUGGACGGAAAGAUGAUUUCGCCGUGGGACAGAUGGUACACGACCAGCUGCUGCCUGUGUUGUCAUGUACGGACGGGCACCAUUAUCCUGGGCAUCUGGUAUAUGCUCAUCAAUGCAGUGGUUUUGUUAAUCCUGUUAUCGGCUCUCAAUGACCCGGUCCAGUACCACUACCACCUCACCAGCUCCGAACUCGGCACAGAUUUGGACGUCAUGGAUGAUGCAAACAUGUGCAUUGCUGCUGCAAUCUCGUUGCUGAUGAUUUUGAUUUGUGGAAUGGCAACCUACGGCGCAUAUAAGCAACAUGCUGCAUGGAUCAUUCCUUUCUUCUGCUACCAGAUCUUCGACUUUGCUCUUAACACACUGGUAGCAAUAAGUGUUGUGGUUUAUCCCAAUACCAUACAGGACUAUCUUCAGCAGUUGCCUGGGACUUUUCCAUACAAAGAGGACUUGAUGUCCACAAACAACAUGUGCCUAGUACUAGCAGUGCUCCUCUUUGUUGGAUGCAUCUUAGCUUUCAAGGCAUACCUCAUUGCCUGUGUGUGGAACUGCUACAGAUACGUCAGUGGAAGAAGCACUACUGAGGUCCUGGUUUAUGUCACUACAAAUGACACUACAGUACUACUUCCACCCUAUGAAGAGGCGAUCGCCAUCCCGCCGAAGGAUCCUCCUCCUCAGUACGUUUCGGCUUGAGGAUCGCCCCCGCUCUCUUAACACAACACUCCUCCAACAAACCCUCUCCAAAGAAACAAUCUUCUCUAACAAGGCCCAUUGCGUCGCCCCAGUCUUCCGUUUGUCUUAGUGUGACGUAAGUCUCUUUCCUCUUCUCCGGAGGCAGCGGUUUGACUUUGAGAUGCCCUUCCCUUCCCUUCGACAAGGCUGCCCAGCUGUCCUGGCAAACUCAGCGCUGUGCGUCAGCUCCAAUCUCAAUUGCACUUUCGGCGAUUAUGUGUGGCACUGGCCUUUUCAAUACUGUGAACUUGUCGGUAGUGUUGCCGUCUACUGAUAUACCUGAGAUUUGAAUGCGGCGUGCAUGAUAAACACAGAAGUAAACAUGUAAGAGCACUUUUUUCAGAUGGCAAUUAAAAUAUGCUGAAUGUAGGAGCUGGCGUUUUCGUGUCCAUUUCGUUGUACUGUAAAAAAAAUAAAAUGACAAUUUGUGUUCCGGUUAAACUAAAUUGGUUAAAAAU